AUGCCUUUUAGACGGUUUAAGGGCAACCUGGACGGAGUGAACGCGUUCGUGGAACGAAUGAAGAAUGGUGUCCCAAACCAUGAAAUUUUGGCCGAAGUACUAGACGAGAAGAGCAAGAAAUUUUCAGAUCAUGUCUAUGAAUUGCCGAAAGGCCAGAUGAACAAAGCCAACCUUCCCGAUGUCGCCAAAUACAAACUGCAACUCCAUGCAUCCUUCAACAAGCCCGACCUAAAUGCCGACUAUUCAGGGCAUUCCGGUGUCUAUCUUGUCGGACGACCGAACAGAUGGGCACGUGGCCUGAGUCGGGCGCCAAAACCCUGCCAUUGGUCUCUCUACAUCUUGGGUCAUUUCUAUCAUCUCAAGUUGGCACCUCAAGGAUCGUCGAUAGUACUUCGGGACGAUCCCCCCAAGGACUGGGAACUUCUAACUGACCCUUUGAUUGCAUACCAUAUUGGGAUGACGGAGUACCGCAAAGAACACAUUUCUCUACUUGCCAAGUGGGUGACCACACAAUUGGAUCACGAUACUCUCUCUACGGCAGCCUAUGAGCAGUUCGUCUUUGGGCUUGCGAUUCGUAUUCUGCGUGGUCCCAGCAACACCUCAGCCUUCAUCGGUAAUUUCUGGCAAAUUAUGGAGCAUGAUAUUGGAUGCAGUCAACAGCGCCAGCCGGCUCCUAGUGGAUUCCUCACUGGGGUGCGACUUUCGGAUCCUGACGAGGAUAUUAGCACUCGGCUGAAGAGAUGGUAUUUGACUUACCGGAUUGAGACUGAUGCACGAGGACUUGAUCUCUGUUGGAAAAGAGGGAGAUUAGGACAAAUCAGCUGGAAUACCCACGAGUACCAUCCUUUCAUUAGGUCUUUUGCUGUAGGGCCAUCGGCUAUCUCGAAGGCUCUUACGAAGGUGGGACAGCGCACUCCGGUAUUGUCCAAGGCCGUCCCUCCAGUAUAUCAAAAUGACAUGCCUAUGGUGGCAGUCUACCGUCGGCGAAAAGGGACCCCGCUCCCCAGGGGCCUUAAGCUUGUGCAUUUCUAUGCAUCAUUGUUCUAUAUCCGCGCUGAAUAUCCAAUGAAUGACAGAGACUUCUGGUUCCGGAUACAUGACCUUCUUAAUUCUUCGUCUGUUGAACACACCACAUUCAACCGGGGAUUUGACGACAAGUUUAUUUUCGGAGAUUCGGCAUUUCCCAUGGACGCUGAACCUUUUACUGGACAGAUGCUGCAAUCGAGUAGUAGCACUAUGGUCGAGAAAGAGUUGGACGAAUGUGAAUCGACCGUGGACACUGAACGAUCUGCUGUUGAGAUGCCUCAACCGGACUCUGUUAUUGAAAAAUGGGAGCCGUUGUUUGAUACCUUGGCUACUCAUUUGUUUGAGCACAAGGGUGUCAAGUGUCAGGUCAUGAUCGAUAUGACAGAUCAGUUUGAGUCUCCUGUUGAAAUCUGA